UUUGAUUAUCCCUCUUUCUUUUUCUGCUUCCUUUUCCCUCUUCUAUCUUCCAUCUUCAUUUAUUCAUUCUGCUACUCUGUGUUGUGUGUGUAAAACAAAGCAUUUCAGUCGUCGUAGUUAAUUUUAUAUAUAUAUAUUAAUCCCAUGCAGACAAAUGCUGCAGCUACCUAUCUGCAGACAAUCAUAUAUAUGAAGUUGAUCGAUGCUGAAUGUGUGUGAGUGCGUGAGAGAGAGAGUGUGUGUAACCCCACACCCGUGUGUGUGUGAGAGAGAGAGAGAGAAGGGGGGGUGGGGGGUAUGAUCACUGCUGUUUCAAGAAUUGAAUAGAGAUCAUUUUCCAAGAUUGGGUUGUCGUGUUAGUGUUUUGUGUGUUUUGGGGGGGUUUCUAAGUGGUGGCAGUAAUGGUGAAGUAGUGUGUGUGUAUUUCUUGGGGGUGUGAAGUAGUGUUGUUAUGGGUAGAGGGUUUUCAGGUCUUGUGUUUCCUCUUCUAAUUAUGCAACUCUUCUUCCUAAUUGUCUUUUUGUGUGAAACAACUUUGUCUUUGCCCAUUUCCACUCCUUCAAACUACACAAAAUACAGACAAGUUAGCAGCCUCAGACUGGACAGGAUCCAGAGGCAUUUGGACAACAUCAACAAACCUCCUGUCUUCACCAUUCAGAGCCCAGAUGGAGAUAUCAUAGAUUGUGUACAUAAAAGGAAACAGCCAGCUAUGGAUCAUCCUCUUUUGAAGAAUCACAAGAUCCAGAGAGUUCCACCAAAAAUGCCAAAGAACACAAACACCACGAGAAGCGUCAACGGGUUCAAAGGGGUUUGGCAAAUGUGGCACGAAAAGGGGGAGGUGUGCCCGAAGGGGACAGUGCCCAUCAGGCGCAGCACAGUGGAUGAUGUGCUGAGGGCUAAAUCUCUGUAUGAUUUUGGCAAGAAACGGAGCAGAUCGGUGCCUCUUGCUGGCCGUCGACGGGCCGAUGCGCCUGAUUUUGUCAGUGGCAAUGGCCAUGAGCACGCGAUAGCAUACACAACAUCAUCAGGAGACGUGUACGGUGCAAAAGCAACUAUUAACGUGUGGGACCCAACAGUGGAAGUGGCGAAUGAGUUCAGCCUCUCCCAGAUUUGGGUUCUGUCUGGUUCCUUUGAUGGCACUGACCUCAACAGCAUCGAAGCUGGCUGGCAGGUUAGUCCGGAGAUGUAUGGCGACAGUAGACCAAGACUAUUCACGUAUUGGACGAGCGAUGCAUAUGAAUCAACAGGGUGCUACAAUCUUUUGUGCUCGGGAUUCGUACAGACCAACAGCCGAAUAGCCAUCGGAGCGGCUAUUUCUCCAGUGUCAUCCCAGGGUGGAAAUCAGUACGACAUCACCAUCCUCUUAUGGAAGGAUCCCAAGUUGGGCAACUGGUGGAUGGGCUUCGGCGACAACACACUAGUGGGCUACUGGCCCAAUGAGCUCUUCACCCACUUAGCCGACCACGCCACCAUGGUCGAGUGGGGCGGUGAGAUCGUAAACUCCCGUCCCAACAACGACCACACAUCGACUCAGAUGGGGUCCGGCCGUUUUGCGGAAGACGGGUUCGGGCGGGCAAGCUAUUUUCGGAACCUAGAGAUUGUGGACGCCGACAACAGCUUGGGCUCGGCCCAAGACAUCACAACCUUGGCUGAGAACACAAAUUGUUACAACAUCAUGGGCUCCUACAACAAUGAAUGGGGCACCCAUUUUUACUAUGGUGGGCCUGGGAAAAAUCCACUUUGUCCAUGAUCAUACACAAAUUAAUUAAACCUAAUCAAAAAUUCUUCCUCGCUCUUGUUUUUAUUUUUUAGUUUUUUUUUUAGUUUUAAUAGUGUAGAGUUGAUGCUAUUUGCAAGUAUGUUAUUGUGCAAGUUUAUUUUCAAUUUUUUAAUUCUUUUUUUUGUUUUGGCUGGAGUCGAGGAAGCAGAUAGUUUCAAUUAGAAAAAUAAUUAUUUAUGAGAUAUAUUACUCGUGAUCGCAAAUAUCCUGA